CGCACGCGCGUCACGCUCUCACUACGGAAGUGCUGCUGAGGGGAAACAGCAACGGUCGCAGCUCCGGUGCCGCUCGGUUUGGACUCUAAAGGCGGAUAAAGGCCAUCAUAAUGUCGGGAUUUGACUCAAACCCGUUUGAAGAUCCAGUCGACGUCAAUCCCUUCCAGGAUCCGUCUGUCACUCAGGUGACCAACUCUGGAAUCGAUCACAUUGAAAGUUUCACUCCAUUUCCUGAUGGCAACUCUGUGACGGGAAGCACCAUCCCAGCCUCCAGCGCUCAACCUGCUGUCCUGCAGCCGUCAGUGGAGCCCAGUCCACAGGCCACGGCUGCAGCUGCGCAGGCCAAUCUGCUCAAACAGCAGGAGGAGCUGGAGAGGAAAGCAGCCGAGCUGGAUCGACGAGAACAAGAGCUGCAGAGCAGAGGAGCGCCGGCAGGCAGACAGAACAACUGGCCUCCUUUUCCCAAGUUCUUUCCCAUCAAGCCUUGCUUCUACCAGGACUUCUCUGAGGAGAUCCCGCAGGAACAUCAUAGACUCUGCAAAAUGAUCUAUUACCUGUGGAUGUGGCAGUGUGUGACACUGUUUCUGAACGUUCUGGCCUGUCUAGCUGAGUUCACCACUAACAAAGAUGCAGGCGUGGACUUCGGUCUGUCCAUCCUCUGGUUCAUCCUGUUCGCUCCCUGCUCCUUCCUCUGCUGGUUCAGACCCGUCUAUAAAGCCUUCAGGUCUGACAGCUCCUUCAAUUUCUUCUUCUUCUUCUUCAUUUUCUUCGCUCAGAUCGCCGUGUCUGUGAUUCAGAGCGUCGGCAUUCCUAGAUGGGGCAACAGCGGCUGGAUUAGUGCCAUAGCAGCGAUUGGCAAUAACAAAGCGGUAGGCGUCAUCAUGAUGGUGGUGGCGGCUUUCUUCACAGCCACUGCCGCACUGUCGGUCGUUUUACUGAAAAUGGUUCAUUCCCACUACCGUCGCACCGGCGCCAGUUUCCAGAAGGCGCAGCAGGAAUUCUCCCAGGGCGUCCUCACGAACCGCACCUUCCAGACCGCAGCCGCCAAUGCAGCCACCACGGCCGCCCAAAGCUCUCUGCAGAGGAACUAGAACCAGGAAGCACCACCGAGAUCCCACCUCUCUUCCCUCACUGUCCCAGCGGUCCACACAGAACCCAAAGCCCAGCUACGCUGCCCUUCUUCACCUGCUUUGGUUCUGGAUCUCGAUUUGGUUCCGCUUUGGACUGCCGAGGCACUACUUCUGUGUUUAUUUUUUGUUUUGAAGCAGAAGGUAUGAAGUUGAAAUGUUCAUCAGUGUGUUUGUAUAUUUGUAUGUAUGCAAAAUCCUUUCUGAUCUUGGUUACGCUGUAUAUAAAGUAAUUUAAUGUUUCCCCGUCAUCCAUAAUGGUACAGGAGUCUCUUUAAAUAAAAAAAAAAAGUGAUCAUGAAAGAUCUCAAAACCUUCUCAAAGCAAUGAUUAGAUGUUUAUGUCAUUCGAGUUUAGAUGUUAUAAUUCUGCUAUAAUUUUACUAAAGGUUAGAGUUGUAAAUAAAAGCUUUCAUUCAUAUAUCAUUAGAUUUUCUGAAAACAUUUCGCAGUCCAUAUUAGUGCCAAAAAAUAAUAUGUGCCCAGAAUUCCAUGGGCCAUGUUUGCAUAAUUAGAAUCUUGACAACCUCGGAAACUUGACGAAUACGGAGAACAUUACUGUUAUUGUCUUAAUCGUAAGACUGAAGGUGGGAUGUAGCUUUUUGCAUUGGGUUUGUUUUUUUAUAACCAUGUAGAGCAUUGUUUUUUCCUCUCAUGUGUACAAGCUUAUUUUAGGCUACUGAUUGUAAACAGUCAAAUCAAAAUAGUUUUAUUAGUACUCAAGACUUAAAUUUACGUGGUUGAUUUUUUUAGCCUCAGAAAGUCCUAACUUUUGAAACAAAUGUAAAAGCUGGUUUGCAAUAAAAUGUGCCACAUAAAAUGCCA